AUGAGUAAGCGAGCUUAUCUGUGUAUUACUGAUGGAAGCGACUCCAAAGCUAACGAUCCCAGUGCAUGGGCUAUCGUUAGGCCUCGAAAACGUCGUAGUCGUUGGUCCAAUGCAAAUGAUGAUAAAACCUACGUACCUGGAAUGCCCACACAGUUGCCUCCAAAUCUGACUCCUGCUCAGGAGAAGAUGUAUAUUUUGCAACUACAAAUAGAGGAUAUUACAAGACGCUUAAAGACUGGCGAUUUGGGCAUUCCGGCAAAUCCUGAAGAUAGGUCUCCGUCACCUGAACCGGUUUACAGCAGUGACGGGAAGCGACUAAACACUCGUGAAUAUAGAACACGAAAAACGAUGGAGGAGAAUCGGCACAAUUUCAUUCAGCAAAUGUUGGAGUUAAAUCCUGAUUACAAACCUCCUAUCGACUACAGAGCGCCACAAAACAAAAUUACGGACAAGAUAUUCAUACCACAAGAAGACCAUCCUCAUAUUAAUUUCGUGGGCUUGCUUAUUGGGCCGCGAGGGAAUACUCUCAAAGCUCUGGAAAAAGAGACUGGGGCGAAGAUUAUUAUUCGUGGUAAAGGUUCCGUCAAAGACGGGAAAUUGAUUCGCCGAGAUGGGAUGCCUAUUCCCGGUGAAGAUGAACCCCUUCAUGCUUUCGUUUCUGCUGCUACUCCAGAGUCGUGUCAGAAGGCCGUGGAGAAGAUUCAAAGUAUUAUCCGUCAGGGCAUUGAGGUACCUGAGGGCGAAAACGACCUGCGGAAGUCGCAGCUCCGUGAGCUGGCACUCCUCAAUGGUACUUUACGUGAGCAUGAAGGUUUGGCGCGUUUGAGAGCAAUGGCGGAUGCACAGAAUAUUGCUACUAAUAAGAUUCAGUGUACCAUGUGUGGUGGUUUCGGUCAUCUUGCGUCGGACUGUAAAUUACGCGACCCUUCUGUCACCAUGGAGCAUAUGGGUAUCAAUCCAAUGGAAAGGGCUAAGAUGGACAGCGAGUAUACUGCGCUUAUGGCGGAGUUGGGCGUUGGCUAUGGUGGGGGUGGUGCCAAUCUGCCUCCAGGAGUUGCGCCUGGUAUGCGGUCCGUACGAUCGGGCCCACCAAAGCAGCCCCCACCACCGGGCGUAGCUCCUGCACCAGAAGAGGAGGGAGAAGAAAAAGGCAGCGGAACCCCCACUUCGACAGCGUCAGUAAUGCCACCACCUCCACAGAUGCCGGCUCACCCGACUGCUUGGGGUUACAUGGGUGUUCCAAAUCCCGGCGCUGCUUAUCCUCCGGCCGUGCCACCGGCAGGGCCACCUGGUGCUUACGUAGCUGGUCACUACCCUCCGCCCCCGCCUCCGCCGCCACCACCGGGGCAUCGUGGAUAUCAGGGCUGGUACGGACCUGGGCCAAGUGGGCCUUGGCCUCACCCCGGAGGUCCAGGAAUGCCGCCUCGUCAAAUGGGUUAUGGCGGUGAUGGGAGUGGUGCUGACUACUGGGCUCAAACUGCCGGUUACGGUUACUGUCCCCCUCCACCACCGCCUCCUCCUGCUCCUGGUCUUUAA